AUGAAGACCGAGCUAAUUCCAGGAUUGCCGAACGAUGUCGCUCUGCAGUGCCUCCUCCGCCUCCCCUUCUACUCCAUCUCUGUUGCUCGGGGCGUUUGCAGGCGAUGGAGGCGCGAACUCUCAGCGUCGUCGUCCUUUUAUCGCCUCCGCAAGGCUGCCGGCCUCGUUCGCCCCGUCUUCAUUAUGCUCUUUUAUGAUAUUCCCUCGUUCCCCCUUUACAGGUGGCGUCUAGCCUUUUACGAGCCAGCCACGGGCGCUUGGGGGGUCCGGCUGUUGACAGACGACAGCCUCCGCGGCAAGCAGCACUGCUGGCAUGUUGUGGUCGUCGGGCGAGAGCUGGUGCUGGUCGGCGGGUGGGAUGAGUCAAACUGGAAGGACACCGCGGAAGUCAACAUCUACGAUCUAGUCACCGGCGACUGGCGUCCCGGGGCUCCGAUUCCGCGCCCCAUGCAGGAUGGCUGCGACUUUGCCGUCGGGCCACGGAACGCAUUUGUAUCUGGCUGGAAGGACGAUUUAUUAUUUCUAUCUUAUUUUCUCGUUAAUCCCUCUGAAACUUCACGCCCAGAAUAA